CUCGGGGCUUCCAGCGCCGGAGGCGCGGGUUGACGUCAGGCGCGCCGCUGCGGCUCAGUGGCUCGCGGCAGGUGCGGUGCUGUUGGCGCAGUCGGGUCCCGUCGUCUUCAGUCAAGAACCGGUCAGCACCCGGCCGCUGCGUGGAGCAGAGAGGUGCAUUGCCAGGUUCCUGAUGAACCCAGAGAACCCUCCACCAUAUCCGGGCCCCGGCCCAACAGCCCCAUACCCACCCUACCCACCACAGCCGAUGGGGCCUAUGGGAGCCCCACCUCCUCAGGGGUACCCCUACCCACCUCCUCAGGGGUACCCCUAUCAAGGAUAUCCACAGUACGGCUGGCAGGGUGGACCUCAGGAGCCUCCUAAGACCACAGUGUACGUUUUGGAACGGGAAAGGAAGUCGGACAUGGAUGGCGGGUGUCAGGCAGUCCUGGCUGCGUGCUGGGCUGCACUCUGCUGCUGCUGCCUCCUGGACAGCUUGGACUGAGUAGCCAAGAUCCAGUUCUCCCCGCUGCCGCUGCUGCUCCUGUUACUGGAAUAAACAGCUAGUGCUACACAA